AUGUCACUGUGGAAAUCAGGCGUCAGCUCGAACACCUUACCAGCACUUCGUCAUUUACUAGCUUAUAGUUGGGUGGCGGCUAAAGAAGUGGAUUUUAAAGGUUGCCGGUCACCUUGACACGACGAUAUAAAAGCUGUGGUUCAUGGAAAGGAGGAGUGUAGAGCUAAAGUUCCUUUGGCUGGAAUGAACCCUUGGCACAUAAAAGGAUGAGUCACAAUUGGUGUCUCAAUGGCUGGCUUAAAUUAAACAGAAAAGUUUACUUAUGGCGCCCUUGCAAAUCAGCAUGCACACCAUUUCCCUUCUCAGGUACCUUGCACUGUUCACUCCAUGUCCAGCAUCCUCGUUGUGGGAAGGCGAUCUCCCUGAGCCAGAAGCACAUCCUCCACUUGCGGCUUCAGGCUCAGAAGGCAUGGCUCUGCAGGGCUAACCAGGUCGUGAGACAGAAGCUCGGGCUUCACACCAGCGGCCUGCGUUUGAACACUUCAGCAUCGCGUUGGUCCGCGGGCUUCAGCAAACACAUGUCCCGAGUAAAGAACACAUUUGUCACAGUUUCCAAAGCUGUGAUGCAAACGGACCUUCUCUCCAAGAUUGUCCGGCUCAAAACAAACAAGAGUGGCAAAAAUGUGAAGUUGAUUCCCGAACCGAAAGUUGUGGAAAUCACUCCUCUUUCUCCUGCUGCUCCCAAGCAUCCAGUAAGCACAUCACCUAGUCCUUCUAGUCAGACUUCUGCGGCUACACUGGACGCAGGGGCCACGGCUCCCUUGCUUUCUCAGCCUCCUAACUCCUCACAAUUGAGCACUGCUGCUGCUGUUGUGACCACGCGGGAAGUUAAGGAGAAAAAAACGAGGCGUGUCCCAUCUACCAUCAAGCCUGAGGAGCCUGAACAGUCAUCCGGUGAGAACGGAAGUCUGUCUUCCAAGCAACCCCCUGCGCUUUUUCACUCCAGGACAUUUUCAGUUAACCUGGAUGAAACCUACAACUACCUAGCCCACCACAUCAAUUCCUACUUUGGCAGCAGUACACAGAAAAAAGAUGUGGCGAACCAUGCUGAUGUAGUAGCUAAACCCCCCCCUCAAGCUCCACAAACAAGUGACCCCGUGUGCAAUAAACCAGGCAGCGCUCCUGCUGCUGCACCCGCAUCCCCCAAGAAAGGUUUCGGUCACUACCUGUCAUAUUCUGCUCCCACCAUGCAAGCUUUUGUGGGCAGCUACAUUGCCCCCUUGGUCCCCAAGUUCAGGACAGGGGAGGCCAAAAGUGCCACGGAUGAAGUAAAGAAGCCGGAGGAUGCGCCGGUGAAACAGGUGGAGGUGGCUGUCAGUUCAGAGCAGAAGGCAGCAGAGGAGAAGGCCAAGAAACUUCUGGUCCAAAGGGAAAAGAUCAUCGCCAGGGUAAGCGUGGACAAUCGAACUCGGGCGCUGGUCCAAGCGCUCCACAGGGCCACCGACGUGAAGGUCUACAUUAGCAGGGUGGAGGACCUCAGCUACCACUUUCUAGAGUUUCCUGAGACUUGUGUGGUCGCCGUCAAGGAGAAGGUAAUCCCCUGUUUGCUGCGUCUGCAACAGGCCAGUGACCCUGGACUGAGGGAAGCGGUCAGAGAAGCUCUUGCUCUGGUGGGCUACCAUAAGCCUGUAAAAGGCCGCGGCAUACGCAUCCUGUCCAUAGAUGGGGGUGGGUUAAGGGGACUUCUUGCCCUCCAGACUUUGCACAAGUUGGAGGCCCUGACCGGGAAACCCAUUUACAAACUGUUUGAUUAUAUUUGUGGUGUCAGCACAGGUGCAAUCCUGGGGUUCAUGCUGGGCGUUUUCCAGCUCCCGCCAGGCGAGUGUGACGAUCUUUACCGCAAAUUGGGCUCGGACGUUUUCAAGCAGAAUGUGAUUAUCGGCACAGUGAAGAUGGGCUGGAGUCACGCUUUCUAUGACAGCGAAGCCUGGGAGAGCAUGCUGAAAGAGAAAAUGGGCUCACACCUCCUAGUGGAGACUUCUAGAAACCCGGAAUGUCCCAAAGUGGCAGCAGUGAGCGCCAUCGUGAACCGAGGCACUCCUCUGAAGGCCUAUGUGUUCAGGAACUACAACCUGCUGCCGGGGGUGCGCUCCCACUACCUAGGGAGCUGUCAGCACCAGCUCUGGCAGGCAAUCCGCGCCACAUCGGCUGCCCCCGGGUACUUCCAGGAGUUCCCCUUGGGGAGUGAUCUCCAUCAGGACGGAGGUUUGCUAAUCAACAACCCCACAGCGCUGGCCAUCCACGAGUGCAAGUGUCUGUGGCCCAACACACCAUUAGAGUGCGUGGUGUCGGUCGGCACUGGCCGCUUCGAAACGGCAGGCAAGAGCAACAGUGGCACCUCCACGAGCCUCAAAACCAAAAUCAACAAUGUCAUCAGCAGCGCCACAGACACUGAGGAGGUCCAUGCCAUGUUGGACGGCUUCCUGCCCGCCGACACAUACUUCCGCUUCAACCCGUACGUGAGCGAGGACAUCUCCAUCGACGACAACCGCCAGGACAAGCUAAACCUGCUGCAGGCCGAGGGCUUCCGCUACCUGGAAAGGAACGAGGAAAAGCUGCGGAAGGUGGCUCGCAUCCUCACCCGAGAGAAGGGCUCCGCGCAGAGGUUGGCAGAGUGGGUCAGGACCAGGGCCGACAUGUAUAACUCUUUGUCCUUGAACUCCUUUAAGAUUUAGGCACAGCAAAAAACAACAACAACUACACUUUUUACCUCACACAUGGAGACUUUUGUUCUUUAUUCUAUGAUACUUGGAACCUCAUGUUUUGUUAAUAAUGUCUUCGGGCAGGGGUGUCAAACUAAUUUUUGCUGCGGGCCACAUCGUAGUUAUGGCUUUCCUCGGAGGGCCGUCAUGACUGCGAACACAUACAGUAAAUGUAAAAUUGCCUCAUGUUAUUACAUAUACACACGCACAAAAAAUAAAAUCCAUAAAUAGCUAUAGUUGAAAUCAGAAGCCAGUAAAAAGUUGUGAAUUCAGUUUAUUUUGAAAUGCGGAUUGGUAACAAAAAUGUUUGCAAUCAACGUUAUUAAAAGUGAAGAUGAUUUGCAAUGUUGUUAUUUUAGCAAGAAACAUGAAGUCGACGCUCUUGAUUUGCUUUCCCGGGCCACAAAAAUUGAUGUAGCGGGCCUGAUGUGGCCCCCGGGCGGGGAGUUUGACACCUGUGUCUUAGGGUCACAGAAUCACACACCACAUCUCAUAGGGCAGCAUGCCUGCAUGAGUAUCUAUUUUUAUUGGAUCUGUGGUUUAUUUUUGUUUGAAUUGGUGCUGUUAAACAGGACAGGACUAAUUCAAACAAGUGGGAACUUUUCCCUCCUUUAAAAUGUGAAGUUUCCAGAUUGUUUUACCUUCUGUGAACACUUUUUUGUAACUAUUUGCUGGCUGAUAUAAAGAGUGCUACUUUUAGGCGGGGUACACAGUUGUUUUGUUUAGUUUUUUUAAUAUUAACUGAUUAUUUUUUAAAUUCAAGAGGCAUCUGACAAUUGGGCAUUUGCUGACUUUGAUCGGAAGAGGGAAGUCUGGGUCAAAAUCGGCCCAGUUAUCGGUAUGUGUGUACGCCACUUAAGACAACGCUGUAAAUAAAUUAUAAAGGUCAAACUGAAAAUGUAAAGAAAAUAGGUCAAACCAAUGAUUAAUUUUGGCAACUAAUGCAAGCGAUAUUACUCUAAUUUUGCACAAAAUGCAGCUAAUGGGCAAUUGAAGUCGUUGACAAUGAACUACUAAUGAUGUCCGCCCCCCUGAGAAGUGUGUAAGUAUGGUCUACUAUCUAUUUCAAGCACUAGCAACAGUAAAGAUUUGACUUUGCAUGUAACCCCACUUGUAUACAUAGCCACAGUGGACCUCACAGAUAUUACUUUUACAAAUUGUUUUAGCCAGUCAGCUGUUUUAGCAUUGCGUUUGUUUGCCUGAAUGCACGACACUGGCACUUCUGUCCUCACAUCCAUUUUGAGUGUCCUGACUCACACAGGUACUGUAUCGUUGAUGCGCCAACGAAUCCUCAAAGACCAGUCAUGAGAUGGAUGCACAGGUACUUAUCUACAACAACAUACAAUAACAAUUCCACAGUCUAUGUAUGUAAUUAAGACUCAUCACCGCCGCAUUCUGCCCCUUAAUUAUAUGAUUACGAAAAGCUGCUGUUGCACAACAUCUUCUCAGGAAGAUGACGGGUACACUUUAUCAGUGUUAAAUGAUGCUCUACCUGAUGCUUAAUGACUCUGGGUGACAUUUGGGCUGAUAAACAUCAUCUACACAGUAUUCCCAAAGCGUUUGUGCUUAAUGAUGAUGUAUGUCAUGGUUCUCCCUCAUGAAAAUUAGAACAAAAAAAUGUAGCGACUUCAAUUUAAAUGUUAAAACCAUGAAUCAUUAAUCAUGAUUAAUGGAUUUUUUUUUUAAAUUAAACGUUUGUUUUUGUUAUUGUUUUAUAUAUAUACAGUGGGUACGGAAAGUAUUCAGACCCCCUUAAAUUUUUCACUUUGUUAUAUUGCAGCCAUUUGCUGAAGUCAUUUAAGUUCAUUUUUUCCCCUCAUUGAUGUACACACAGCACCCCAUAUUGACAGAAAACAAAUGGGAUUGUUGACAUUUUUGCAGAUUUAUUAAAAAAGAAAAACUGAAAUAUCACACAGCCAUAAGUCUAUAUAUAUAUAUAUUUAACUGCGGUGCUGUCCAUUUCUUCUGAUCAUCCUUGAGAUGGUGCUAUACCUCCAUUGGAGUCCAGCUGUGUUUGAUUAUAUUGAUUGGACUUAAUUAGGAGAUUGGACUGUCAGGAGAUGGGAGAAAGUUCGAGAAAGUCAACCAUCACUGCAGCCCGCCACCAGUCGGGGCUUUAUGCCAGAGUGGCCCGACGGAAGCCUCUCCUCAGUGCAAGACACAUGGAAGCCCACAUGGAGUUUGCUAAAAAAAAAAAAAAAAUCACC